GCUGGGGGAUUUUGGGGCAGUUCCGACGGAUUUGGGGCCCUUGGGACGCUUUUCCUCCCGGCGCCAAAUUCUCUCUUUGCCCCGCCCCCUUCCUCCUCCCUCCCUCUCCCAUUGGUCCCCUGUGUUUAAAAUCUGCAUAGCUACGCCCCUUGCCUUAUUAGGAGAGGCCACGCCCUCUACCUCCCUCUCUCCCCCCCAUUGGCCCCCGUGUUUAAAAUCUCCAUGUCCCCACCCCUCACCUUAUUAGGAGAGGCCUCGCCCCCUUCCUCCUCCCUCCCUCCCCCAUUGGCCGCCUGUACUUAAAAUCUGCAUGGCCACGCCCCACUCUCCUAAUUAGGAGAGGUUACGCCCCCUCCUUCGUUCUCACGUGGGUUUUUCGCGCCGGCGCGGGUUUUUUUUCCCGCGGUGAUGGCGGCCCCGGAGCGGGAUGCGGUGCCGGUCCCGGUCCCGGUUUCGGUUCCGAUCUCGGUGGAGGCGGUGUUGCGUGAGUUGGCGCUGUUCGAGCUGCGCUGCGACGGGGAGGACGCGACCGAUAAACUGCUGGAGCUCUGCCUGUCCCACUCGUUGGACCCGGUGACGUUGGCUAACGAGCUGCUCGCCUUCAUCACCAGCAAAGCCCUCGACCCCCAGCUCAGCCCCGAGGUCCUCAGCGCCUUUGAGCACGAGGUGCUGAGCAGGAGGGACAGACGGACCCGCAGGACGGACAGCCGCUGCCUGCACGACGUGCACACGUUGCAGGAGCUCCUCGACGAGGAGGAGGAGGAGGAGGAGGAGCAGCAGCUCUUGGAUUCCUAUUCCACCCCAUCCAAAGGAUCCCAAAAACGCAGCAGUUCCACCCCAGAAAACCCCAAUCCCAAACGGAGCUCCUCCACCCGCAGCCCCAUGGGGCUGCUGUCCCCAAAGAGCUUCAGCCCCAGCAUCGCCCCCUCCCCCCAAUAUUCCUCCCGCACCAAUCGGGGUUCGGUGGUCGCCUCCUUCGGCCCCAUCCACGCCGUCACCUGGGCCGGCCGGGGGGGCUCCCAAUGCACCCCAAAACCCUUCAGCCCCCCCGAGCACAGCCUGAGCCGCAGCUACAGCUUCAUGUUCCAGAGAGCGGCCGACGUCCGGGAAGCGCUGUUCUGGAGGAUGGAGGAGCUCGGCGAUGCGCUCCGGUCCCACCACAACAUCGAGGACUUUGCCUCCCUGCUGCUCC